AUGGCACCACAAAAAUCCGUCACCGAGGUGCCGCGGUCCAUACUCCCUCGCUUGACAUGGAACGGCUCCUCUGCUCGGACUACUCUUCCUCCCCAGAGCAACAUUCUAUCAGCAAGGCAGCAACAGAAAACGCUACGCAUACAUAGCCGGAACUCUGCUGGGCGACGACUGCAUACUUUGACAUUUUCUCCUCACUCUUCUACAUCCGUCUCCGCAAUAGUCGGAGAGCCGACCUUAUCAUCGAUAUCUAGACGAUUACCAAGUUCAACGAGCCCAUCAAUCAGUCGACCAGCGCCCACUGGUAAUCCUAUCCGAUAUAAUGGUGUUUACGUCGCUGCAUUCAAACCAGCUCGGCGCGCUUUCCAUGCCUCCGCCCCCCAACAAAGAGACCACCAUUUCGAUACGUUAAAGUUCGUUCAGCGGUUGAAAGAGGAAGGUUUCAGCGAGGAACAGGCUGUCGCGAUGAUGCGAGUCCUGAAUGAUGUUAUCCAAGAGUCUAUUCAGAAUCUAACCCGGACAAUGGUCCUCAGAGAAGACACCGAAAGAUCGACGUAUACUCAGAAAGUCGAUUUCGCCAAACUCCGCUCCGAACUACUCAACGCAGAUUCAACCGAAGCGCAACUAACACGUUCGUCGCAUGAGAAGAUUGCUGCAGAUCUAGCUAAGCUCAAUUCACGACUUCGGGAUGAGAUUGGGCGCACACAGGCAUCCGUUCGUCUGGAUCUGAACCUUGAAAAAGGUCGUAUUCGAGAAGAAGCAAAUAGCCAAGAAAUGCGAAUAAAAGAGACGGAAACUCGAAUAGAGCAAGAGGUGGCGGGUUUGAGAGAACGCGUAGAGGCCGUGAAGUUCUCUACACUACAGUGGCUGAUGGGUGUUUGCACCGGUACCGCCGCUUUGAUUCUCGGUGCCUGGCGUCUCUUUAUUUACGUCGUGGCUAUGUUUCUUCGCACAGUUUUAUGGCUUUGUUUUCUCUUAGCUGCUCCUUCUAAGGGCACGUUAGAUGUAUUUCAAGUUUAUCAGCCUGUUCCAUACGGGGGAGAGGACAGCUCGCAUUGUAACCAAAAUGUACUGCUCAUGGAGCAUGUAUUUGCCUCGAGCUAUGGCCACCCGUUUAUAGGAUACUACAGUCCACCCAAAUGUGAAUUCGACACAGUUAAGAUUAAUCUCACGGUUACCUCCCAAGGCCGCCAAUUUGAUCGAUUAGCACUUCUGUUUCUCGGAGAUACGGAGGUAUUCCGUACUUCGACAGCAGAACCUACGGCCGAUGGAAUUGUCUGGACCUAUAUAAAGGAUAUGUCGCAAUAUAACGCACUAUGGCAGACACGACAAAAGCUGAUUUUCGACCUUGGAAACGUUAUAAAUGAUAAAUAUACCGGCCCUUUCAGUGUGACUCUGACAGCAUAUUUCUCCCGUGAGGGUCAUGUCAGGACCGCAGACGUAAUUCUCCCAAUAUCGAACAAGAAGUCAGCCUCCAACUCGUCAAGUGCCUUUACUGUUCCUGGAGAUAAUACAAAGACACUGUACCAGUUUCCUCCUAAUACUUCGCGUGCAGUUGUGUCCAUUUCCGCCUGUGGUCAGUCUACUGAGGAGUUCUGGUGGUCCAAUGUCUUUUCGUACGAUACGGAGACUUUCAAUGCCACAAUGGGCGAACUUUAUGGUUAUUCCCCCUUUCGCGAAGUCCAGCUCUAUGUUGAUGACAUCCUUGCUGGUAUUGUAUGGCCAUUUCCUAUAAUCUUUACCGGUGGGGUUGCUCCAGGCUUUUGGCGUCCGAUUGUUGGAAUAGACGCCUUUGACCUGCGACAACCUGAAAUCGAUAUUUCGCCCUUCCUCCCCAUUCUCAAAGACGGACAGCCUCAUUCAUUUGAGAUUAAAAUUGUCGGCUUGGAUGUUUCACGAAAUGGGACCGUCACGCUCUCUAACAGCGUCGGCUCAUAUUGGGUUGUAACUGGGAAUAUCUUCCUAUAUCUGAGUGAUUCUGCCUUGGGUAGUGCUAGCUCCGCAACAGAGAAGCCUAACGUCGAUGCACCUACUCCACGGUUCAGAGCUACGCGGAGCCUUGUCAAGAAUCAGACUGGAGGAAAUGACUCCCUGACCUACUCUGUUCUUGCUGAAAGGACCCUUUCAAUAAGAUCAUCCGAAUUUCUAUGGAGCCAAAACCUCACGUAUUCCAAUUUUGGCCUGUUUAACCAGCAAGGCAUGAGCCAAUCGACUAAUCAACAUACAGCUGGGGGGUCUACUAUCAUGGCCUUCGGAGCUAACCAAACAUCAAAUGAGGUCCUUUUCGAAUAUCCCUUGUCUGUGAAUCAAACGUACCGCUCUACCGAUGCUGGGCUUUCUAUCCACGCUUGGAUGAGUAGGGGUCUCGACAUCGAAACAACAGGGGGAACCGGCAUUUCUACUUAUACUCUCAUCUCGGGACCAUCACGCUUGCAUACUCAACAAUGGGGCGAAGCAUUCUAUCAACCCACGGAUAACAGCUCUAUAUCUUUCGGUGAUACAACUGAUGUCUUUGAGAGCAGCAAUAUCCUCGGUCACUACAAAAGGUCCUCGGAAAGCUUUGACAGCGAUACACCCCCGAACAAGCGUCGCAAGUUGGCCCCAGGUGUCCAGACCCUCGGAGAGCUCAAUGGACUUUCGGAUACUCGAAUGCCUCGAGGUUACAUUCCCUUGGCGCGCUUUCACUUGUACUUGGAUUUCGCGUCCUCAAGCCCGAUUCAAGAUGACCCAGAUAUAUCUUCUGAUAGAUUCUCCCUGUUACCAAUCCUUAUUUCAGUCACAAAAGAUGUUCGUGCCGGCGCGACUACGCCUGACUGGUUCAAGCUAAAGCUAGCAACGACGGUAGACCGAGAAACUGUCUUUGAAUAUGAAUCGCAUGGCCCACCGUUGCUCGCAUUUAGCAAGGAUCUGGAGCUCGCUGGUAGUCUUGUUUGUGUCGAUCGCCUUCCUAGAAAGAUUCCCAUCGUGUGCUAUCAGUCCACGUUAUACCCUGUUCCCGAAAGAAAAAGAUCCUUCUGCCUUGAAACGGUUAUCUUAUGGAAGGAUUCUUUGGAUAUUCUAGGUAACAAUCAACUGGUCGAUGGAGCACGAGAAGUAUUUUCUAGAUAUGUAUUCCAGGAGCAAGAGGACCUUGCUUCUCGGCAGGAGCGGCACGGUCGGAGACAGCUUGGGUGGUGCCCCCGCGACUUUUAUGAUAACGUAUACGUCCCUCCAGAUACACCUGAAUCAUCAGCGGAGGUCAAAUGCAGUUUGAUCAAAUGUCAGCUGUUCCCAUUCCAAAGGAGAGCCGUGAGGUGGCUAUUGCAAAGGGAAGGCGUGGAUCUUCAGGCUGACGGGCAAGUGGUUCCUGUCAGUGAAAAGUUGAAAGGAGGCUUGCCCACUUCAUUUCGGGAAUUCACUGAUGCAGAUGGACGAGUUUGCUUCGCCAGCCAACUGUUCAUGAUUGUCACCACUGACCUUGCGGAAUGGUUUGAUGGGAGCAACCAUCUCAGAGGUGGAAUCCUCGCCGAAGAAAUGGGACUUGGGAAGACUGUUGAAAUGAUCAGUUUAAUAUGUCUUAAUCGCCAGCUUCUAGCCCCUGAAGAAACCUUCCCAGGCCACCGUCAUGACAGCUUGAGGCCGUCAGGUGCAACCUUAAUAAUAACACCCCCCGCAAUUCUUGAACAGUGGGAACAGGAAAUCAAAGUGCAUGCACCUGGACUCAGUGUCCUCCACUAUACUGGUAUCCAGCGUCACCAGUCAUUGUCCGAUGAAGAAUUGGUUGAGUUGCUCGCAGACCAAGAUGUUGUACUUACUACUUAUAAUGUUCUUGCGCGAGAAGUUCACUAUUCCGGUGAUGGACCGCAGAGGAAUCUGCGGCAUAAGAAAAGAUAUGAACCAAGAAGAACACCGUUGGUCCGGAUUUCUUGGUGGCGAGUGUGUAUCGAUGAAGCUCAGAUGAUCGAAAGUGGUGUCAGCAAUGCGGCAAGGGUUGCCCGUCUAAUUCCUCGUCAAAAUGCCUGGGCUGUGACAGGGACGCCGCUCCGAAAAGAUAUAUCCGACCUCCUCGGCCUUCUGCUGUUCCUCCGCUACGAGCCAUUUUGCGGUGCUAUCUGGAAUAGGUUGUGCGGGAAUUUUAGGCCUGAAUUGACGAAAAUUGUUCGUAUGAUUGCCCUCCGACAUAGUAAGGAUCAUGUUCGUACUGAACUGCACAUCCCUUCUCAGAAGAGAAUCGUCAUCACGGUCCCUUUUACGGCGGUUGAGGAACAACGCUAUGGACAGCUGUUUGAAGAAAUGUGUGAAGCAUGUGGCCUCGAUUCAUCUGGCACUCCCUUGAAUGAGGAUUGGGACCCUGAUGACCCCUCCAUAAUCGAAAGAAUGCGAAGCUGGUUAAUCAAACUUCGUCGAACUUGCCUACACCCUGCUGGAAAGCUUCGUCGUGGGCUAGGCACUGGCACUGGACCGCUGCGGUCCGUGGCUGAAGUUCUCGAGGUCAUGAUUGAUCAGAAUGACGCACUUAUACAUGCAGAGGAGCGCUCUUUGCUUCUUUCACAAUUGCGCCGGGGGCAGUUACUGGAGAAUGCGAAGCACCGGCAGCAAGCACUUGAUCUCUGGACAAAGUCAUUAGAGCGGGCUAAUGCAAUUGUCAGGGAAUGUCGGGAUCGGUUGCACUUGGAGCGGAUGGAGCGCCGGAUGAGUGCGGAUCGAGACGUGGUGUCUGCUGACACAACAAGCGAGGAUGAAAAUGAAGAAGCGGCUAAGAAUACUCGAGUAGGGGCGCGUCAGAGGCUGCGUGCUGCUCUUGAGGUUCAACAUAUAUGUGUCUUUUUUACCGGGAAUGCUUAUUUCCAGAUCAAAACAGACCCCAAACUCACUAAGCCCGACUCCGAAGAGUUUAGAACCCUCGGGAAACGCGAAUUUGAGGCGUACGAGUCUGCGAAGUCGAUUCGAAAGGAGAUGCUGGCUGAGAUCUCGCGGAAAGUUGGCCACUUCAUGAAAACAAUCAGGGAAAGAGCACAAAAGAAUCAGUUUGUGAAUAUCCCUCAAAUGAAGCCUCGGUUAUGGGGCAAGGGGCUUGAAUCCCGCCGCGUACUUGAUAAACUUGAGAAUUUCUGUGAUACUAUGAACAAUCAUGCUGUCAAGUACGAUGAAUGGCGUCAGACAAUGAUCAAGUUUCUUUCCCAGUCGCUCAUUGACCAAGAGGAUGAUUCAGAGCUGGAAGGCGACGAAUAUGAAAAGUCUACGAAGCAUCAAGAUGAGAUGUAUGUCUACAUGGAGGCCUUGCGUGCAAUGUUCGCUGAUCGCCAUGAUGCUUUGACUGGACAGAAAAAUGUCCUCAUUGCCCAUGAAGUCAAGAGUGGAAUUGUCCAAGCGCAGAAGGGAGAAGGACCUUCACCCACUCUCUUUCUACAGAUGAUGAACAUUCGUAGUAGUAUCAAGCCCGACCCACAGCUGGGCUCACUUCGCGGCAUCAUUAGUGAGCUUCGGAGUCUUGCGACCUCUCUCGAGUGGCAAACGAGCGGGGGAAACACUCGCGCCCGCGCUGAACUCGAACUUGUAACCUUGGUUCUUCAAAACGCGAGUCAGAUGGCCUCUGAGCAAGCUAAAGUUGCAGCAAACAUGGAGAAGGAGGUGGAGAUGUUUCGAGAUACUAUGAACAAUCGACUUGAAUACUAUCGUCAGCUUCAACAAAUAUCCGAUACAGUGGCUCCAUACGAUGAAGAAAGCGCCGGUAAACCCUUAGAUGAGGCGCUUUUUUCUGCAAAGCUCAAGCAGGAGGAGACAAUAGACGAGAAAAUUUCUGCAUUGAGAGCAAAGCAUCGUUACUUAAUCCACCUCCGAGACGAAUCAGGUUCAGACGACUCGUCGAAGAUAUGUGUCAUUUGCCAAUCCAGCUUCGAAGUUGGUGUUCUAACAGAGUUGCUUGUGCAAGAGGAGAAGCCGCCAACUAAAGUUGAGCCUGAACGUCGAACGAAGAACUCAAUAUAUGCUGAUAUAAGCUCCGGUACUCUCAGAGAAAUUAAAACCGUCGAUUUAGACGGUUCAUUUGGCACGAAGAUCGAUACACUGGCACGUCAUAUAUUAUGGCUGCGCCACCAUGAUCCUGGUGCGAAAUUUAAAAUCGGCUUCAGCAGUGUUGACAGCAAAGACGGGAUAUCAAAGUUCAAGAGUGACCCAUCGGCUAUCGCUCGUGUACACCGUAUUGGCCAGCACCGACCAACCACCGUUUGGAUGUAUCUAGUUUCUGAAACCGUCGAGGAAUCGAUCUACGAACUUUCCGUAUCACGUCGCCUAGCUCAUAUAAAACAAAAGGAUAAGGCGGAGCCAUUAUCUGAAUAUGUCGAAAAUGGAAGAGCUGUGACACAUAAUAUCACAGAGGCGGCUAUAGACUCUGCAAACUCCUUAGAAAUCCGAGAUGCAGCUCUGUCGAAUUUAAUGGCUGGAGGGGCAUUUGGCGGUGAACUCGUUAGAAAGGACGACUUAUGGCGGUGCCUUUUUGGCAACCCAACAAAGAAGGAAGCCAAUAAUUUCCAGACAAGUGCCGACGGAGAGGUAGCAAGGUUCCUAAGAGGUGAGGCUGCAGAGCAGCGGAGAAGAGCUGGAGCCGGUUCUUAA